GCGCGACACUCCUGCCUCUGCUCAUUGGAUUAGAACGCUCGUGGGGGGGCGUGGCUCGGGGCUGUGCGCGACUAUAUAUAACUGCGGGGGAGCCGGCGAGCGCGUUCGGUCCGUUGGAUGCGCGGCCGCCGGCGGGAUGGCCGGGAUCGAGAUCGCUGAGGCGGCCGAGCUGGAGUGUGGCAUCUGCUGCAUGCCUUACGACCGCUGCGGGCGCGCGCCCCGGCGGCUGGGCGGCGCGCGCGGCUCCUGGAAGCCCUCGCGCUGCCGCCACGUGAUCUGCAGCGCCUGCGUGUGCCAGCUGGCGCGCGAGGGCUGGUGGGAGGAGGUCACGUGCCCCUACUGCCGGACCGUCACCUCCCUCCGCGAGCGCGGCAACCUGCUGGCGGCCGGCGUGAGGCGCAGCAGCGGCGGCUGGCGGCGCCGCCUGGUCCUGCCGCCCAUCGACGCCGAGCUCUGGCAGCGGGUGGUGCUCCGCGAGCGGGAACGGGAGCAGGCCGGCCGCGAGGAGCGCCUAGCCGGGGACGAAGACCUCGAAGAGGAGGAGGAGGAGGAGGGAGAAGAGAGCGGCCAGGACGAGCAAUGGCGCCCCUGGCGGACGCUGAAGAAACUCCUCAAAGGAGGCGGCGGCGGCGGCCGGCAAGCGCAUGCGCGGGAUCGGAGAGGGCGGGGCCGCGGCGGCUCCGGCCUCACGUGGCGGAGGCGGCAACCAAUCAACCCCUACGGUUCUGAAACGAAGGACGUGGCCAUCGUGACUUGCUACCUCAUCUGAAAAGCAACGGUCGCUUUACGCGGGCAAGCUACCUUGCGGUCAGUCGGGUCAAGGGAACUGGCUCUCCAGCGAGAAGGCGACGGUGCCCUCUCCGUUUGGGAUAGAUAACGGCGGGCGGCGUCUUUUUGCGCGCGGAUGGUGGCCCAAGAAGAACCGACAGGAAUUAAUUUUGCCGCUUCGCAGAAGACACGAGUCACAACGGAGGGAAAAGAAUUCUAUAACCAGCCACGUUUGGAUGAAAAAUAUAUUUCCUUCGAGGUUCAAAUUGGCUUCAUUGAAGAUGCUAACAGCCUCUUCCUAAAUGUGUUCACAAUCUCUUGUCUUCCAAAAAAAAACCAGCUCAGACCUUAUUCUCUGGAAGUGCUUCUCCCCCCCCCCCCGAUACCCCAGCAAAACGAUAACAAUCCACCUGACUUUAAAAAUAAUAAUAAUGGAAUAAAUCCUUUUUUAUACGACUUGACGUGGGUCCUCCAUUCCUUGAAGAUAGAACAAAAGGAUACCGGGCGACCUAUAAUCCUUGUUUACGGUGUUUUUCUCCCAAUCUAAGAGGCUGAAAAUAUUUUGCAACCUGCAGAGACAAUGAAGAACGUUCAAACAAUCUAAUUUUAUGUUAACCAUCGCCUCCGGAACGAUGCUGCUGUCGGCAUUUCUGCCCCUUAAAAGUUAUUAGAAUGGAUAUCUCAGCUAGGAUUUCUAUUUCUCUGGUUGGAUCGGAAUCUUCACAUCCGUAGACCUAAAAUGAAGAAAGAAGAUGCUGCUGGUGGGGAAGCUGUCAAAUUUGACUUUUUAGGAGUAUCUGGUCUGGAUAGAAGGAGGUGACUUUGCCCUCUCAAUUUUUUUUUUUUUUUUAGAUGAACUGAAAUUGAAUAUGUUCGAAGAUCCAACAAAUAACUUCGUUUUGGAAGAUAAAACGGUAGCCUUGCGAUGGUUUGCGAGAAAGUCACUCCGAGGAGUUGUGUCUUUUUUGUCAGGACUGAUUGUACCGAUCACAAACUGGAAUUAGCGGUCCUUUGUCGCCCCCCCCCCUUUUCCGUGCGAAGAGUUUGGUGCGACCUGCUCAGAAGUCGAGAUUCAAAUGCUGUAUAUUUUGUCUUUUGUUGUUCUUUUUUUGCUUUUGUUUUUUAAAAAAUUCCAUUUCUGUGAAAUGUGUUGGAAAGUCUUUGUAAUUUAAUAUUUAUAUUCUGCUUUCAUUGUUCGGCAGCUGUAAAGUGAUUGAAUGAUGUUAAUAAACGCGUAGGAUUUUAAA